CACAAUAAAGCUUUGAAAAAUGAGCGCCAUGAAGCGCGAUCGCGAGUGGGAAGCGUCAGCUUCGACCGGCGAUAACGCCGCCCCUGUGGCCGAUGCGGACUCUAAACGGCCUCGCACCUCUACGCCGACAUCUGGGCUGUCAUUUGAUGGUGUUUCCGUCUUUCACCGCCCCGUAUUAGCGUCGGAACAGAGUUCUCAAACACACCCCAUGGCCGUCCUGGAUGCAAUUCGAUCCAAGCUACAGAGCACCUCCGAUCCUCAUUUACAAGCCCGUCUUCUGUUGCAAUACAGCUCGGCUGCGGCCUCUCCAGGCGCGAAGACUGCAGCGGCCAUCGACUUCCUCUUCUCGUUCUUACAGCAGAAUCAGACAUCCCAGACCGACAGGAAUCAGACCAAGGACGCCGGUAACAACGGAGCCAUCGUCGUAGGCGCCAUAGUACGCGGACUCAGACAGCUACUCGCUGUCAAGGCUGCUGUGGUGGAACCCAUGAUCCAAGUGGACGCCAUGGGCGAGCAGCUCAUGCAAUGUAUGAGUGUAGGGGAAGACUUUAAGCUCCGUCGAGACAUGCUGCGUAUUGUCGUGGACUGCCUCAUACUCACCAAGAAAUACAGGCAAGCGAAAACUGUGCUACACACGUGUGUAAGGGAUCACGACGCCGGAAUGCAGGCCAUUUGCCUGCGUGGAUAUCUGAGACUACACGAUGCAGGACAGAGCUUUGAUGAGACAACUUCUACGCAGACUGCAGUGGACCAUUUCGAUCGAUUAGCUGGCUUUGUGCUGUUUGCACAGAGUGAGAAGGUGAGAGUGUUGGCUGCUCAAGUGAUCGUGGCGUUGGCGGACCAACACUCACAAGAUGAAGUGGAGAACAGCAAGUACUUUCCGUCAGCAGCUAAUACGACGCUGUUUCUACCAGAGAAGACCUUCUAUGUCUUGUGCAUGGCAGGUAGCGAUGCGUCUGAAGUAGUACGAGCGGAAGUUGCACGGUGUUUGCGUCGGUUUUCCCGUGUGCUUGCGAGUGACGUCGUAGAGCAUGCUGUGGUUAAGACACAGAUCGAUGAGGCUGUGGUGGAUGUAGCGCCAGAGAUCGUGGAGAUGAAUACGCGUCGCAUGAUGUCGAGUGGCGUGUUGCUGUCGCUUUUGGAGGAUAUUGACGUGGAUGUGGCUGCGGAAGCCUCGCGUACUAUCGCCAGAUUGGCUGAAGUGUCUACAGCUCCUGACGCUGGUACUGCGCGGUGGAGUCAGCGAGCGUUAGAACGUGCUAUCACAGCCCAUUUCGACGUUCUUCCACGUGCAAAUAUGUCCUGUACAUCACAACUAUGCCAAAUGUUGGUGAACUCUUUACGCCGUCUAUUGGUGUGUCGCCACAAUCUUGAAACGAAGACCGAUUUUACGAUUUCUAGCGCAGAUUUGAGCUCGCUUUUGCGAAGCGCUGUAUCGGAUGCAGACAGCGCCAAAGCCAAUGUCGUGGAGAUCUUACUGGUGCUACAGCAUUGCGACUUAUCAAGUACUUGGGCCGUUCAGCGAGUCGUUGACUUUAUAUUGGAGACAACAGCUUCCUCUUCGUUCGACAGCAUGUCAGUGGACAGCGAUGACGAGGACAACGUCGAUUGUUGGGAGAAACAGUUUGUUGAUGCAGUACGAGAUCUGGGGAAGAAAUGCUCAGCUGUGCUGAAGGUCGAUGUUACGCUGACAGACCGUGUGAGGCAAGAAACAUCACAGAGUGGCCAGCAUCAUCUCGUGAAAUGCACGGGCAAUGCUUUACUCGCACACAUUGACCCUACACAUAUCGAUAGCUUGGAGGCCACUAGCAAGCCUACUUCUACUGAGUCUACGCUGUUCUUUCUAAAGAGUUCAUCCCCAGCACCACGUUGUGCUGGUUCUCACACAUUCAGCGUGUCUUCUCAAGCGACAAACUCAAUGGAGGUCCUACGAACGCCCCCAGCGGACGGGGACAUCUCUGCCUCUCUCAAAGCGGUCCAACGCCUUCGGACCGCAUUUACAAAGGAUGGGUUGGCUAUUUCCUUCCGCCUUGCAGAUCUCCUUGUUCGUCUACGCCAGCACGUGCAUUCUUUCCCCGAUGCCUCAACUGUACCAGCCCCAUCACCACUGAAGUAUGUGUCCAUGUCGGCCAUGCUCAGCACUAGUCCUAGUGUCAGCUCUACACACACGCCCAGUAACAGUGGAAGCCAAGAACACAAAGAAGCGGAAGCCUUCGCAAGUCUGCAGCUACCAACUGACCUGCAAAAAGGCUGCCAAGAGAUGGUUGACGUCGCGACUGAAAUCUACGUGAGAGCCUUCGCUCUGAGCUCGUCACCUCGCACAGAAUUACUCCAGUUGAUCAUGCUCGGCCGUGUAGGACUCGUGCUCGCGUUGCUGCAACGCUCCUCCGACAGUCUCCUGAUAAUUGAAAAGCUGCGGUGGGUAGCGAAAGAAGCUACUCGGUUGCGUCUUCUGGUCGAUGACAGUCAAAAAAACGAUGUUUGGUUGCCAACGCAUUUGCUGUCUGACGUUAGCUCGUUGAACGAUCUGAAGCGUGCGUUCGUUGCUAGCGUUCGUAAGGCGUGGCCCACAGCGCUCAUCGAGGCUGCGAUUGCUCGUUGUACACCUGCAACUGAUGGAUCUGGUGUCCACUAUCGCCGCCUGGCUACUGCUCAUGCAUCGAUUGUAGAGCCGACUGACACGACUGCCAAGCCGGAACCUCGAGAGAUUACGGCGAAUUGGCCGUUUGAGCAGCGCGUACGCUUCGUCCUGACAAAUACGCGGGAUAUUACGCAGAUAUACGUCAAGAGCAUGCUCCCCAAUGGCGACGUUGCCUACCAUCGUGUCCCGACAAGUUGCAUCCGUGCUCAAGGUCCACGAAAGCACUCAGUCGACCACACGAUCUCGCUGACUGUAUCGCCGUUCUCGGACCCAACAGCAUUCACGGUCGCAGUGUGUCUGGGCCACCCAACACUCCCAGGAAGCGUCAAGGUAAGUGAAAUCUGCGCCACAUUUUGUGAAAACGAGUUAACCAAGUAUUAUGUUGAUGCCACAGUUAAGCCCUGGAUCUGGAGAGAUGUGUCCUCAUAUGUACGUAGAGAUAUCCUCCUCUGUUCGCGUACCGAUUUCCCACCGUACAAGCUCCACACUAAGGCAUGCGAGGUCGACUGCAUGAAUUAGACUGGCACUUUUUAAAGUGCUCUAGUGGUGUAAGAGUUCGUAGAGCAGAAUGGCUGAAGCAACGCUGACGUUGAGUGAGUCCACGCGAGUAUCUUCGUCCGUAGCUUGACCUAUGUCAUCGUAAUGUGAGCUGAAUGUACUAAACUAAACUAUUGCUACACUUGAGCGUACCUGGGAUGAUGACAACGUCCUGGCAGCACUGGCGGAUAUGUUUACGAAGACCGCGAUGUUCAUUGCCCUGUUCGGAGCAAUGGUAAAACAAAUAAGGGUCGUACAUUUUAUGCUGCACGGACGUGGCAAAACCUACCAUGACAAGGAUCGUCGGCUGGCCAUCAGAGAGUUUAGUAGACGUGAUGGAGUUGGGUCCACUGCUAGCGCCAACGACACGCCAGCCGAGAUCUCCACUGAUCGCAAGCAUUUCAUGCAGGUUCCUCGCUUUCAUCAAUUUAUCCUGUAACAUUCCAUUGCUCGUCAGAAAUUAUAUCAUCAGAAUGAAACAUUUGUGAACGUACAUUGGCGACCAUCACUUCCAGAGCACCGACCGAAGCACGCGAGACAGCAGGAGACAAUGGAGCAGUGUUCCGGUCACUCACAACAACUGCUGAACAGCCCAAGAAGUGCGCAGAACGGAGGAUCGCUCCAAAGUUCUGCGGGUCGUGGAUCUCGUCCAGCACCAAAAUCACAGGCGAUCGUUCCGAUUCCGUGAACUCUGCAACAGUAAAUAAAAUCAAUAACAACAAGAUAAACCACACAAUGACCA